ACCAGACACAUCACCCCAAAAGUCCAACCAGCCUGUCUUUCUUACAAAGCCAAUCCCCUUUUAAACCCGCCCCUUUAUCAUGUUAAAGGGGCAUUGUUUUCUUUUCAAAUGCUUAAGAAGGUGCUAAAGCAGAUGCUUUGGGCCCUUUGACUUUUUCUGCAAAUCAAAUUCCCACUAAGAAUUUUAUUAUUCAGGGUCUGCUUCUAUAUAAGUGCUCUAAAUUUCAACUUGGUUCAUCAUCAUCAAGGAAUUUCAUAGCCUCUCAAGUUGUUGGGAUUAAUUUGGUCUGAUUGUUUAUUCAAGAAGCAGGAGUAUCGAUGGCAGCUCGAGGUGUUGUUUUGGCUUCAAUUCUUCUUUUUUCUUGCUUUUUGGAGACUUGCUGUGGGAUGAUCUCUUUCUCUUCCCUGCAAAGAACCCUUUUAGUCACUGCCUCUCAUAGACAAGCACUUUUGAAAGCUGGUGAAGAUAAAAUCACAGUGACCUGGGGGCUGAACCAGAGUUUCCCAGCUGGGACUGACUCUGCCUACAAGACAAUCAAGGUCCGGUUGUGCUAUGCUCCAAUUAGCCAGGUCGACCGCGCUUGGAGGAAGACCGAUGACAAUCUCUCCAAGGACAAGACUUGCCAGUUCAAUAUCGUGAAAAGGCCCUACAGUAACGGUAACCAAACCUUGGAAUGGACCAUCGAACGUGAAGUGCCUACUGCCACAUACUUCGUACGCGCCUACGCCUUGGACGCUAAUGGUAAUGAAGUAGCUUAUGGUCAAAACACUGACGCCAAGAAAAGCACCAACCUCUUCGACAUCCAGGCAAUCACUGGACGCCAUGUCUCGCUCGAUAUUGCAUCCGUUUGCUUCAGUGUUUUCUCUGUCGUCUCCUUGAUGGGGUUCUUCAUUGCUGAGAAGAGAAGGGCAAGGAAGUCUCAACAGUAGUGAUGAGAAAAUGCAAAGGAAAUGAAUGAAAUUGAAACCCCCCCCAAGAAAAAACAAAAUUAAACCAUCAAAUCAUAAUACUAGUGGGAUUAAUUUGCAUGUUUCAUGUUAUUAAGCUUUGAUGUAAUGAGGGCAUGAUUUUGAUUUGAAGGGUCCAGAUGGAAAGGGUUGUGUUGUAGAGGAAUGGGCAAAUAAAGAAUAUUUUGGGGAAUAUAUAUAUACAUGGUUUUAAUAGUACUAAAGAGUUGAGACUCAAAUCAUCUCCUCGUUGUGAAAGUGGGAAAAUCCGUUUUGUUAAUAGUGACAUUAGUUCUUUUUUUUUUUCCUUCUUUUUAGGUAAAUGUGGAUUUGAAUUCAAUUUUUUAAGUAGGGGAUAUAUACACUUAUAAUUACUAUUGAA